AUGGCCGCCACCAAAGUGCCCAUCUACCUGAAGCGAGGAAGCCGGCGCGGAAAAAAGGAAAAACUGCGCGACAUCCUCUCUUCCGAGAUGAUCAGCCCUCCCCUGGGGGAUUUCCGGCACACCAUCCACAUCGGGAGUCAGGGGGAGAACGACAUGUUCGGAGACAUUUCUUUCCUUCAAGGCAAGUUCCACCUCCUGCCCGGAUCGGAGAAGGUGGACGCCGACGGGAAGAGACGCUACGUGGUGCCCUUCGAGUUCUCGCGCACGUCGACGAUCUCGGGAUACGAGCCUCUCGCGCUGGACAUCCCUUCGCCGCUGCUCAAGAACGCCAUCUCUCUACCGAUCAUCGGCGGCCUGCAGGCGCUGACCUUGCCUUCCGCCCAGGCCCCGCCCAAGCCGCCCCGCCUUCACUUGGACGACAGAGACCAUGCUGCUCCGCUGACGGAGGUGCAGGCUCAACAUCUGGCCAACAACGGUUGGACCUCGGAAGCCCCCGAGGAGUCCAAGCCCCCUGCCCCUCUGAACGGCUUUGCCGAGGGGGAGAGAAGAGAGGAGCCCUUCUUAUCCCACGCCGGGUCCCUGCUCUCCCUUCACGUAGAUUUGGGGCCCUCCAUUCUGGACGACGUUCUGGGAGUGAUGGAGAAGCACCAGACUUUGGAGGUGGACGGGCAGGACUCCGUCAGGCCGGAGAUUCUGACUUGAGGCUCUGCCUGCUGGAAGCACUCCUCAAAACAAGGCAAUUUGUAGAAGAGGGGUGUUGUUG